AUGUCACCAUUACCAGAACCAAAUAAUCAAAAUGUUUAAUCUGAACAAAAUAAUGAAGUAUACACUAUUCAAUUAACCAAAAGGUUUUUAGAUUCAUUUACAAAAACAAAGAAUAUGAUGUGACUGAAUAUGUUCCAAAACAUCCUGCUGGUAAAUCUUUUUUUGAUAAGAUGAAGGAUGAGAAAGAAGACUUUACAGAAUAUUUCAGGUAUUUAAUUAGAUUUAUUGAUUAUUUAGAUGUCUACACUCCAAAAGAGCUUUGAAAAUAUUAAAAUCCUAAAAAGUUGUGAGAUCUAAUAUUAAGGAAUCAGAAGAAAGCAAACAAUAUACACACAUAAAAAAAUAAGUAAAAAAUCUUUUUGAACCGGAUUGGACAAUAGAACUGCUUCUUUUUCUUGGAUUGAGUUUAGGUUUAUAUUUAGGAGUUACUAGUGAAUGGUAUAUAGCAAUACCUACUAUAGCUUUGACAUAAAUAGUUGCUGGGUAAGAUUUAAUAUAUAUCUUUAGAUGGUAAGGACAUUCAACUAACCACAACCGAAAUCCUUUGUUGUACAAAUUAUCUAUUCCUUAUGGAAUUAUUCAUGGUUUUUCUGCUGAUUGGUGGUAAUUCAAACAUAAUAAUCAUCAUAUCUUUACAAAUAGAAUCGGAAAAGAUGAUGAUAUCAAUCACACAUAUUAAAAAUGGUAAUAUGGAUUCCUCUAUUUGAAGUAUAAAAGUAAUUAAUAAUCUUUUAGAUGGAAAUUUGAUUCUUUUCUGACAUCAUACAAUAAGAUUGACAUCAUCUAUAUUCUAAUUCAUCAAUUAAUUGUAUUCUAACAAAAAAUAUGGAUAUAUGUUGUUGCCUAAUACAUUGCAGGAUUCUUUAGUGCUUGUAUAUUGAUAGGAAAUCAUGAAAGAGAAUAUAAGUUCUUCAAUAAAAUUGACAAACCAUUCAUUGAACAUUAAAUUAUAACAUCUAGAAAUUAUGAUUGGACAGGUAUUAUUAAAUUAAACUAAAUCUUAGAUUGGUUAUCUAAUUUGUUGAUGGGAGGAAUGUAAUUUUAAACAGAACAUCAUCUAUUUCCAUAGAUUCCCUUCUAUAGAUUACCUUAUGCAGCCAAAAUUAUUAAUAGAGAAUUAAAUAAAUUUGGAUAUAAAAUACAUGUUGGCAAAAUAUUAUGA